AAUUUAUAACAAAUAUGUUUGCAGGAAGACUCGUCCUGAAAUCAGGCUCAAAUGGCUCGAAGAAAUUAGGAUUUUUGAGAAAUAAUCAAUGGACAUGAACAGUGAGGAUGUUCAGUGGAGAAGAGAAGGAUAUUGCUCAGGAGUAUGCAGAGAUUACGGAGGAAGAAAAACAGAAGUAUAGAGAUGCAUGGGGACAGAAGUUUCAGGAUGAAGUCGUUAUGCAUCAGAAGGAAUGGGAAGAGCUUACAAGGGUCUCUGAUGAUAAUAGAAUGAGCCAGCUCUCUGACCAACUCUCAGAGCCUUCUAAGAGGAAAUGUGAGUUUUUAGCAGAUAGAAUUCUUGAAUUUAAUCCAUUUGAAGCAAGGUAUCUGUCUGGAGUAGUCUAUGAAAAAGUUAAAAGAAACACAGAUUAUAACCCAUUGAAAUUGAAUAUGGAUUGGUCUUCAAUAAAAAUGGAUGUUGAUGGUUCUUUUCCUCCUCUCAAUCCAAACUGGUUCAAACAACAAGAGCUAAUGAGCCAGAUUGGACCAUUAAUGGGAACCUUUGGGGGAGGAAAUGGUGCUGCCCAAGGAGGUGGUGAAGAAGAAGAGGAGCAACAAGAAUCUUCAGAUUCUAAAGAAAAAGACUCCUUCGAUAUUGAGUUGUCAGGAUUUGAAGCUAAAAGUAAAAUUAAACUCAUCAAAGAAAUCAGAGCUCUUUUCAACCUCGGCCUGAAAGAAGCAAAGGAGACUGUUGAAGGUGCUCCUCUCUGGCUUAAGAAAGGAGUGAAAAAGGAAGAGGCUGAAGAACUUAUCGAGAAGUUGACUGCCUUGGGUGCAGAAUUGAAGAUGGUCUAAUAAUCUACAUA